AUGUGUAUCAGAGGCAUAUGUGGAAUGAGUAGGGGGUCAGAGCUACUAUCCCGCAAGCGAAGGCCUCCAAUAGGUGGAGUCGCUGAUGACGAUAGAUGUGAUCCCUGUGACUGCGACAUAGCUGCACGGAUCGCAAGUGGCUGUGAUACUGACUGCUGUGACCCGAGUGGCUGUGACCCGACUGGCUGUGACACUGAUGACUGUGAUCCAUGUGGCUGUGACAUGGAUCGAUGCGAUCCAUGUGAUGCUGCUGGGUGGGAUCCACGUGGUAGUGAGGCAGGUGGACUACUUAUUCCGCCGAAAUGGAUAAGGNGUGGCUGUGACACUGAUGACUGUGAUCCAUGUGGCUGUGACAUGGAUCGAUGUGAUCCAUGUGAUGCUGCUGGGCGGGAUCCACGUGGUAGUGAGGCAGGUGGAUUGUAUGUCGGAGGCACAGUCCGAUAG